AGCGCCAGCCAUGAGCAGACGCCCUCUCCCUUCCGACGUGUCAGUCAACGCAGUUAUAGGCUACAUGGCCAAGCAGUCCGUGGCCAGACCUUCGUUGUGGCCCCCAGACGUUCAGUACAUCACCUCUCCGCGAUACCAUGCUUCUGUACGAACUGAUAUGCGGCUAUUCCUGACUAAUGGCGCAAGACAUACAAGCCAUCCAGCCCCUCCAAAGCCGUCUAAUAGCACCAUGAGCACCGUCGUGCGCAUUCGAUCCAUCUCGGAUGCUUCUCACCCUGCACGAGGACAAUUUGGGCUUUUCGCCGCCAGGAAGAUUCCCCCAAGGACACACAUCAUUGACUAUAUCGGUGAAGUGCAUUGCCAGGACAGACUAGAUUCGAACUAUGAUCUAUCACUUCAUCGUUCGCAAGACGGCGUAAAUGUGGGCGUUGACGCCAGUAAGAUGGGAAACGAAGCAAGAUUUGUUAACGACUAUCGAGGCAUCCGAUGCAAGCCCAAUGCUAUCUUCGUGGAGUAUCGCACUGCCAUGGGAGAAUUGCGCAUGAGUGUAUGGAGUUCAUCAGACCACAUUCAGAAGGGUGACGAGAUACUGGUGUCGUACGGCAAGUCUUGGUGGCGAUUCAGAGGGGACCAACAUGGUGGAUAACAUCAAUUUACCUUGCCCUGGAUCUGAGCUGACCUUGUAAGGUGAGCGAUAGAUCGUGGGUUCUUUAGACCUGCUGACCAUCUUCACCGUCAAAAUAUUUUUUUCCUAGUACGCCAGGCUGGCACGGGCUGGACUUUGGGGAGAGGUGGCCGUGUCACUUGCGGUGUCCUGAGAUGGAGGCAGUUAGUUUACGUGUGUGUUCUAUUCUACAUCCGUAUUAAAUUCACAACGGGUGUGCCAGUCCCCUCCCUUGCAUGCUUUAGGAAUGAAUGUGAAUGUUGAACGUUGAACUUUGAGACCGUGCGGAUCAAUCGGGAGAACUGUGAGAAGUGAUAUCGUUGCCGUACGUACCUUUAGGAUUUUCACCUCAAGUUAGUGUAAUACGCCACUUG